AUAUAUAAUUUCAUACACAAUUACAACAUAAUUUCUGAAAUACUUAUAUCCACGCGCGAGGUUAUCAUGAUACAUACAUUUCCGUCACUUUUGUUGCACCGAUGCUAAAUGGAAACUCUAGAGAGAACUCCAAUUGUUUUAAUCAUUAAACAAAUUAUUCGUGAUGUGUGGCGGAGGAUCAAUUAUUUAGUCAUCUUCCUUAUCUCGUGUUGAUUCAAUUGGGUAAUUGGGCGGGGGACAAACUAGGGGACAUGGAAUAUUUCUAUAAGUUGGGAAUAUGUACAUAUGGCAAGAUAAGUGAUUGACUCGAGGUUUUCGCAGUUCUACUUAAUAAUUUAUGUUGAUGUAUUGUGAACAAGACUAAUCCACUUCCAUCUCCAUCACGGGGCACGGAAUCAUGCAGGUGGUGGGCUAAGAAACAAGGAGAGAAAGAAAGUGUCAGGAGCAGCAGGGUUUUAGAACUUCGGAUCAAUAUCAUUAAUCAUUAGUAUGUACAUACGUGGCAUUGCUCGGUGUGCAUAAUAGCUGCGUACAUACGUACGUACGUAGCUCCAGAAUACCCACCUAGCUCGCCUGUACAAUACACGCGUCUCUGUUGUGUGUGCCAUUUUGGUCACCACCACAAGUCCACAUCCCCCAUCAACAUCAAAUCCCCGAUUUUAGUCCACUUCCGCCCAUACCACACCACGUCGUCCGAGAAAUGGGAGACAGGUGAGCCAGAGGAGUAACGUCGUGCUGCAGCUUUCUCCCUUUUCCACUCCAACUCUUCUUCGCGUAGUCAUUCCUCACAUUUCGUCCUUUUGUCGAAUACAAAGUCCCAGCAGUAGCAGCAGUAGCAGCAGUAGGAGCAUAUGACCAAACGUCUCCAGAUCCCGUACAUUUCUCCUCAAAGUCGAGAGUGCCACAUGCCACCCGCACCUCCCCCUCACUCUCUCUCCUACAUAAAGUCAGUUCACUUUGGGUGGACGAAAGAGAGAGAAAGGAAUUAAGAAGAGGGGGUUGUUGCUUGAUCAAUGGAGAAAGUGUUAAAACAUAUCCUAUUGGGACGACAAUUACCAGGUUUUUGUGUCCUCCCUUCACCCACCUCCAACACAACACCAUUGUCUGUUUUGACGUUGUAAAAGGUUUCUAAAAGUUCCUAAAAGCUUUUCUUCAACUCCUUCCCACACACACACAAACGACAAUCACUAUUCACAAUUCAUCAUACAUUCAGUCAGUGAGGGGGAAAAGUAGACGCCAAGAAUUUGGUCGAUAAUUACACAUUCCACCUCUUUGUCAGACCUCGUAAGAGUAGAACGAUCCUCAUUAAUCCUCUUUCAAGGAGCAGUAAUGAGGGGAUGGAACUGGUGAAAGUCGCCCGGAGUGAAAGUGAAUCCGAUUUGUGAUGAAUCGCAAUGUGAGAUUUUGCUCUUUCCUCGCUCUCAGUUUCCUUAGUUAAGAGAGAGACUUUUUAAUCGUGUUAAGUGCUCUUGAAUGAGCUGGACAAUUAUUUUUGACUAAAGUCUAGACUUGAAAACCUCAUAACCCCUGGAGAAAAAAAACCCUAUUCGAAACUAUGAAGAAAGUAGACCCAUUCAGCGGGAUCCCGGCCGUGCCCACCUCUUUGGCCGGACAGUGGUUGGCGUUCUCACACAUGGCGUCCCACUACCGGAAGCUGCUCAACGUCAAGCCUCGCGUCAAUUCCUCAUCCAGACCUCCAUACACGACGGCUGGAAGAAGCGCCCCACCAAUUUCUUCCUACCUCAAGGGAGCUCCGCCAAAAUGGAUGAGCACGCUAAUGACACCACCAUCACCAUCGUACAAAGCCCCACCCUGCUGCUCCGCGUCCUGUCCCAACAACACGACCAAAAAGCCCAGCACGAGUGCCACCCUGUCGACGAAAACGAAGAAAGUGACCAAGAAUAACAACAAUCUCCACGCAGCAGAUGUCAUGAUGAAUGUCGCGAAGGAUGCGUCACCAGCCAACGAAAUCCAAAUCCAGUCCAAGACGACGAAACCCAAACCACGAUUCGGCGGAAGUGCUGUCAAUAAAUCAAUCAAGAAUAAAGCGAACUUGGAGACGUUGCUGUCAGAUGAUUCCCCACGCAAUCACGCGUCCUCUUUACUGUACAACAAUGCCAACUACCAAAUGCUGUAUGGACCUCGCAGCCUGAAUAGCUAUUCCACCGAUGGUGGUACGUCGCCAGUCUCAGACUGUGAGUCAUCCAGCCAACCUGACGAACCGAGCGUGGAAACGAUGGGAGUUGCGGAAAAAAUAAAAGUGUUUUUGGACAAUCUGCACCAAUUUGAGACUAGCAACAACCAGUCGUCCAGUUCAAAAAAGAAGAUGGCCAAAGAGCAGUCCACCUACGACUCGAGCUGUAGUCAUUGCGGUUACUCGCCCAGCCUGAUCAGAAAGUCGGAACCCCAACUUCCUGUGACCACGGCGAGAGAGUCACGUCACGCGAACUGCUUCAUCCCAACCUCAACCUCGCCCACGGCUACGCCCAAGAAAACUGCUCCCCACAAUCGGAACAGGGUGAACAUGACCAAAAGCAUAUCCCUCUCCGAAGCCAUCAAGGUCAGCAAGGGCGUAGCAUUGAAUAAGAGUCAAAAGAAGAGCGUUGUCGACGAGAACAGCAACAACAUUGGGAGGCGUUCCAUGGAGAAGAAGAAGCGUUACCCUAGUGGGGGCAGCACAUGUUCCGUGGGAACUAUUCGUGGAAGCGAAGAGUUAGCCACGGAUGUGAUCAUGAUGAUGCCUCCAACACAUAAGCUCUCCCACCACUAUGACCACCAGAUACCGACCAAGGACAACAAGGCGUUUAGUCGGACGAGAACCCCAUCCGCGGGAUAUUGCUCCCAAUCUGCAAGUGGGAAGACGACCAUGUCAUCCACAAACACACACACCGUCAAUAAUAUUAAACUGCCAAAGACGAAUAAGGACUCGAGCCGUGAUUCUGCUUAUGGGUUUUCGAGUGGAGAGAGCCGGAUCACGACGAGGGAGUCCACACCUGAGAAACUCUCCAACAAGUCUCACAAGCAGAGUAGUAAUGCGGGCAAUAAAACGGUCACGUCUUCCUCCAAGUUGAAGGGAAGGUCCUCGGCGAAACGGUCCUCUGCGGAGAGGGGGCGGCACAACUCUGCCCUCUCAACCGUCGCCUCAUCCCUUAAUGCCAAUUUCGAACCUGGUGGUGGGAGAGUAGUCGAGUCGGAAAUGAAGCAUAAAUCCCGAAAAUCUAGAUUAACGACGGAUGACAAGUAUUUGAACUUCCUCACCGAAGUGACGGAUGAUAUUGUCACCCGAGGGAUUUACACAAACAAGGGACUAAAAAUGUUGUUCAAGGACCAUGCGGAGCGACACAGGGAACUCAACGUGGAUCGCAUGACAGAGUUGCUAGACAAGCUUCGGAUGGAUUUGGGUAUUCCCAAAGAUGACAAGUUAAACAGACUGGAAUUUGGUUACGGGUCAGCUAAUUCCCACUCUCGAGGAAACUUCUCGUCCAUGAGACCUACGCCAGGUGACCCACUCUUUUCCACUACCACUUCUUCAAAGUUUCCGACUAGGAAGCGGAUUUCGGGGCUGGACGAAGCGUUCAGUGACGAAUUCAUGGCGCCACCUCAGCCACACUCGAGCUACAAUCCUAUGGAAGAGGUGGGAGGUGACUCCGAGAGUGGUGACGACAUAGAGCUUCACAGUGUAAAGAGUGAAACGAGCUUGAGCGAGGCAGAGUUACAAAGGACGCUAAAAGAGGUGGGAGUCGACAGUCAAACGACCUUGGAGAUUGUGGGAAUGAUCAGGAAGAACCGAUCUCAUCAUCCUCGAAUCGUCAGUAGUAAUGUGGAAACGGACGAGGGGUCGGGUGGUGGGAGUAGCGAUGACAAUGUCACCCAAAUCAGCGAUAAUAAUAACAAUCCCAGCAGAAUCUUAGGUCAGCCCCCACCAACAACCCAAUCGCGCCGAGUGCACAUGUCACAAAGCUGUUCAACCCCGGCCAGUCAUUGUUCCACGACAUCCUCCUCAUGAAAAUUUCACCCCUUCAUUAUUUUUGCUAUUCAUGCUAUAUAUUCAUAAUAAUUCAUGCCAUACGUUAAUAAUACCAGUAACUAAUAACGCAAUCACUGCCUGUUGCAGCAAUUUACUUAUUUUGGGAAAUAUUCCAUACAUAUAAUUACACGUAAUACCUCAAAAGUUGAUGAAAUUUUCAAUCAAAAACAAAUGUGUUUCAAAUAAAUGCUAAACGAUUUAUCAUUAAAAGGUCAUUUAUUUAGUCGUAUUUUCAGUUGGAACAGAAUACACGAGUUAUUGAGGAUGGUUUUAAAUGGAUUAGUAAAAUAGGGAAUCACUACAUAGUUGAUACUUACGUGUAGAGGGACUCGUAAAUACUCGGCGACAAAUGGGGCGAGUAACAAUCUAAAAAGUCAACAGUAUAAACCCUAGUCUUAACCUUAUAAUUAGUAAGACACUUGAUCAUGUGAGCAUUGCAGCAUCAUCGUCGUCGAUUUGUUUGCAAUAUUUGAAGUCUUCUUCACCCACCCACGCUUCUGCUAACAAUACAAGAGUUACAAUAUCCGAAUAAUUCGUCAUAAUAAUUCAUAAUUAUUUUAACGGUCAAAA